UCCAUUCCACACCUCAUUCUUGUCUUUUCUUCCUUCUCUCUCCUUGUCGGAUAAACACACCCUUCCGCCCGCACACACCAAAAAAGGGUUGGGUGUCAGAUCUCUUCGCUUCCGAUUUCUAUGCAUUUCUGAUUCUUUUCACUUUUCCCCCCUUUUUCUACUUCUUCUUCUCUCUCUCCUCUUUUAUCCCCCCACCUUUCUUUCCUGAAUCGCAGAAUUUCAGAGAAUAAUUAAAUAAAUAAAAAAUUAUAUUUAAUAGUUAUUAUAAUAGUUUGAAUAUCAUUAUUAAUGGCGGAAGCAAAAGACCCUGCGAUAAAGCUGUUUGGAAAGACCAUUCCGUUGCAGGAGAUUCCCUCGGAUUCCCCGAAAGAUGACUGCUGCUUCACCAAACCAGCUCAUGUUCACGAUGUUCAUGUUCAAGAUGUUGAUGUUCAUGAUGUGGUUGAUUAUGACGAUGAUGGUUCUUGUAUAAAAAGUAAUAAUAAUACAGAGAGUAUGCAGGAUGAUACUGUUCCAGAGGAGAGAAAAACUAAUAAGAUUGACCAAGAUGGGAAGACAUUUGAAACAAAACAAGUUGGAAUCUCACCUGAAGUUUCAGAUAAGAUUCAAGAUGCGUCAUUAGGAUUCACUGAUAAUCUUGAGGCAAUAUCAGGUGUUGAUGAAAAGGCUGUAGGGGAAUCGUCAAAGCCAGAAGAAGAAAAAAGUGACACGAGUGUUUCUGAAGAGAAGGCUCCAAAGAAACCUGAUAAGAUGAUCCCUUGCCCACGAUGUAAUAGUAUGGACACGAAGUUCUGUUACUACAACAAUUACAACGUUAACCAACCCCGUCACUUCUGCAAAAACUGUCAAAGAUAUUGGACAGCUGGCGGUACAAUGAGGAAUGUGCCUGUUGGUGCUGGGCGCCGCAAGAACAAGAACUCAGCCUCUCACUACCGUCAUGUCAGCAUUCCCGAAGCACUCCAUAAUCCCCGGUCUGAUAUUCCUAAUGGGAUCCACCAUCCUGUACUCACAACUAAUGGCACAGUCCUUACUUUCAGCUCAGAUACACCCCUCUGUGAGUCUAUGGCAUCAGUCUUAAACCUAGCUGAGAAGACAGUGAGGAAAUUCCCACCUAAUGGAUUUCAAAAGCCAGAGGAGUUGAAAAUUUCCACUUCAUUUGGAGGCCUGGAAAAUGGAGGUAACCACGUCGAUGGAUCAAAUACAAAUGAGCAUACAAGCAAAUCUGCUCUGAAAGAGGCAACAGCCUUCCCUCCUCAAAUUCCAUGCUAUCCCGGGGCACCUUGGCCUUUUCCGUGGAACUCGGCACAAUGGAGUCCACCAGUAGCAGCUCCAGCCUUCUGUCCAAAUGGCUUUGCCAUGCCUUUUUAUCCCGCACCUCCUUACUGGGGCUGCAAUAUACCUGGAACGUGGAAUAUUCCCUGGAUGGCCCAACCUUCUCCUCUAAGUCAUUUAAAUCCAAACUCUCCUUUGGGAAAGCAUUCAAGAGACAAUUCUGAGGAGAAAGAGUUGGAAGAGAACAAUUCAGAGAGAUCUCUCUGGAUCCCUAAAACUUUGAGGAUUGAUGAUCCAGGAGAAGCUGCAAAGAGCUCAAUUUGGACAACCCUUGGGAUUAAAAAUGGAGAGAAAUCAGAUUCUAUAGGGCGAGGUUCUGGACUUUUCAAGGCAUUCCAGUCAAAGCAUGAUGAGAGGAAUCCUCACAUGGAGACCUCUGCUGUACUGGAAGCAAAUCCAGCAGCCUUAUCUAGGUCACAGAAUUUCCAAGAAAAUUCAUGAUGAUCCAAUAUGCAUCAAGUCAUUUCUGUCUGUUUUGAUGGAAAACAACAUUCAACCAGUGGCCUAGACCUAAUGGUCGAAGAAGUUGUUGACACUUGACAGCCUUCACUUGGAGAAGAGGUGAGCCAUUUACUUCCUUUUCCCAGACUGGCUCACCUCACAGUCUCACACUGAACCAUUACGCUUGCUGAGAUUGAAGAUGAUCUAAUUGCUUCUGCCUGUAAUAGUAUAAGUUGGUGCUGUUUUGAUUUUGUGCGGAUUGUUUCUUGACAUUUCAUUCAUUGUACAUAUAGAUGAAUAACUGAGAGUGACGUAGUUUUAUCGGCAUGAUUCCAGAUGUACGUAAAUAACUAGCUGGAAUGCAUGUCCGAUCGGAAUCUAUAGUGUACUGAAAACGUCAGUUUAAUACAACUCGACACUACGAGGAAGGUUUUAGAUUGCUGAAGA